GGGCAGGAUAACAACGAGGUGCACUUCAAGGUGCGACCGUCGACGAAGUUUUCAAAGGUGUUCGACGCGUACUGCCAACGCAAGGCGUUGCAGCCGAACGCGGUUCGAUUUUUGAUGGACGGUGAGCGGUUGCGGCCGGAUCAAACGCCGGAGGAGAUGGACAUGGAGGAUGGCGAUUGCAUCGAUGCGAUGAUGGAGCAGGUGGGCGGGGGCUGA